AUGCUCCUUGAGAAUCAUGACGCAAUUCCAAAUCGCGAAACGCACAGACAGCUCCAAGUGGCGCAAGCUCCCGGCGUCAAAGAUUCCUCAUCAAAACGUUUCCAAAUCCACAGCAAUCACCCACCACAGCUUGCAUUCCUCAAUUCUCGCGCGAAGCAUAUAAACCCCCUCUUCAUGCGCUUUCCAUCCAUCCCAACCAUCGUCCGCGCAUUCCACACCUUCGCAAACACCACAGUCCGAGCAACGAACCCCGCGCUCCGCAUCCACAGCAUACCCCAACGCGCAACCACCCUCCGUUCUAUGCCUAAUAUUCCCUUCCUCGGCGCGCUCUUUGGCUCAAGCUCAAGCAAUAUGGCGGAUAAAACGAGUUACCCAGUGCAGAAGACCGAGGGCGAGUGGCAGGCCCAAUUGAGUCCAGAGCAAUUCCGCAUACUCCGCAAAAAAGGCACUGAAAUGGCCGGCUCGGGCAAAUACGACAAACACUACCCCUCCGCGGGAGUCUACACCUGCACCGCCUGCGACGCGCCUCUCUACAAAGCGAAUCACAAAUUCGACUCAGGCUGUGGGUGGCCCGCAUUCUGGGACGCUGUGCCUGGUGCCGUGGGCCAGCGGGAUGAUUCCAGCUUCGGCAUGACGCGGACGGAGAUAGUGUGUAACAACUGCGGCGGGCAUUUGGGACAUAUCUUCAAGGGGGAGAGAUUUGGCAAUCCGAAGGAUGAGCGGCAUUGUGUCAACAGUGUGAGCAUCAACUUUAGUCCGGAGGAUAAGAAAGAGGGGGAGUGACUGGAUGGUGGUUGCCAGGAGGGGGAGGGGAAGAGUAGGGAGAGCAAAGGCAGGUUGUAGUAUUACGUGUAUAUGUGACGACGCGAUGAUUGAACGAAAGAUGUAGAAGUUAAGAUUGUGAGGACGAAUGAAUUGGCACUCGUGGCUAUAUGGUCAUUCUGGGAGAGAUGGUAUCCCGGAUGUCCAUGAUGACAUGGUUGAAAAGAGCACUCAAUCGCUUGGCCGUUCGAAUGAACAUUCUUUCCACAUUCCUACUCUCUAUUAUUUCCUCUAAUUUCUCACCUCCCAACAUAGAAAUCCUUUGACGUUG